AUAGUUAUUAUAUUUCACAGAUGUUUUUUAUUUAUAUUAUUUUCAACAAAAAUAAUAUUGAAAAGUGUGCAUUAUCUAAACAAUUUUUGAUUCUUUCAUUGUAACUGGAUUUCUACACAAUGAAUAACAUUAAAGGGAACAGUACUUCUUCCAAGUACAUGAAGAAAUUACAUAAAAUUAAACAAUUAAUAAGAGAAUAUGUACAUGAAAAUGCAUCUCUCUGUGAUGAAAUUAAUGAAGUGCAGGAGACUAUUAUUAUACGAAGUGAAGAGCGGAAGUAUUUAUUAAAGAAACUAUGUUUAUAUGAACCACAAGUGGAAGUGGAGGUUGAAACAUUAUCUAAAUCUUUGUACAAUUCAACAGCUGGUAGUCCUGUGGAUGGCAACAAGAAAACCAAAAAGAAAUUUAACAUGAAUGGUAAAGAGAGCAGAAAAUUUCCAAUUGCAACGAAAUCACGAAAAUCAAAUUAUAAACAAAGGAAAAAAAUGGUGCAGCCGAUUCCACUUGAUUCAAAUGGUCGACCGAUAUUCCCUAUUGAAUUAGGUUCCCUGACAAUUCAUUCGUUAGGAGAAAUAGUCGCGGACAGAAAGGAAUUUCACUGUGAAGAUGCAAUUUAUCCGGUGGGAUAUGUGUCCACAAAAAUUUAUGGCAGCUUACAAGAUCCGACAAUAAAAUGUAUUUACACUUGUAAAAUAUCGGAUUUAAAUGGAUUGCCAAGAUUUGAAAUCGCCUCCGACGAUAACAGUGAACCUAUAGUAGGCGGUACACCGGAUGUUUGCCACUCCAUGCUUUUGCAGAAGAUUAAUGAUAUACUCUCGUUAAAUGUAGUAACUACAAGGCCCAGAGGCCACGAUUUUUUUGGACUAACACACCCAAUAGUUUUGAACUUGAUUCAGUGUUCACCAGGUUCAAGAAAAUGUGCACACUACAAGUGGAGCAAGUUCGAAGUAUCAAAAAACAGUGAGCAAUUUGUAGAAGACAAUGAUACGAGUUUAAGCUUUAAAAUGCUGCAAAGAAGUAUAGAUUAUUGUAAAUAUAAAAUGGGACCUGCAUGAAUCUUUUUAAAAUAAUUUAUUGAUUCCAAACAUUAGCCGAAACAUUAACCUUUCUCUUAAUUACUUACAAAAUAAAAUACUUCUACACAUUCUAAACAGA